CAAAGCAACAACGUACAUACAGAACAGAACAGAGGGCCUGAUCAAACAUGGCGAUCCCCAAGGCUUCGCUCCUUGCUAUCCUUGGCUGCCUCUGUCUCUGUGGUUCUGUCCUCGCAGCUCGUGAGCUGAACGAUGAUUUGUCCAUGGUGGCAAGGCACGAGAAUUGGAUGCUGCAGUACGGCCGCGUGUACAAGGACGCUGCUGAGAAGGCACAAAAGUUUGAGGUGUUCAAGGCGAAUGCCGAGUUCAUCAACUCGUUCAAUGCCGGGAACCAUAAGUUCUGGCUUGGCAUCAACCAGUUCGCUGACAUUACCAAUGAAGAGUUCAAGGCAACCAAGACUAACAAGGGGUUUAUUUCAAACAAGGUAAGAGUCCCUACGGGAUUCAUGUAUGAGAACAUGAGCUUUGAUGCGCUUCCGGCAACAAUAGACUGGAGGACAAAGGGGGCGGUCACUCCCAUCAAGGACCAAGGCCAAUGUGGUUGUUGCUGGGCAUUUUCCGCCGUUGCGGCAAUGGAGGGCAUUGUCAAGCUGAGCACCGGCAAGCUUGUCUCACUUUCAGAGCAAGAACUAGUGGAUUGUGAUGUCCACGGCGAGGACCAGGGCUGUGAAGGCGGGCUCAUGGAUGAUGCAUUCAAGUUCAUCAUCAAGAACGGCGGACUCACUCAAGAGUCCAACUACCCAUAUGAUGCGGCAGACGGCAAGUGCAAGAGUGGAUCUAGUAGUGCUGCAACAAUCAAGAGUUACGAGGAUGUGCCUGCUAAUAACGAGGGUGCCCUCAUGAAGGCCGUGGCGAACCAACCUGUGUCAGUUGCCGUUGACGGAGGUGACAUGACAUUCCAAUUCUACUCUGGUGGUGUGAUGACCGGCUCAUGUGGCACGGACUUGGAUCAUGGGAUCGCGGCCAUUGGUUAUGGAACAACGAGUGAUGGUACAAAAUUUUGGAUAAUGAAGAAUUCUUGGGGCACAUCAUGGGGAGAGAAUGGAUUCUUAAGAAUGGAGAAGGACAUUGCCGAUAAGAAGGGCAUGUGUGGUCUUGCCAUGGAGCCCUCCUACCCCACUGCAUAGAACAUCAACUGCCACUAUUUAAACACAUACACACCAUUGAAUGGUUUCACAUAUGUUGUUUGUUGUGUAGUAUGUUUAUAUCCAUGUGCUUGUAAAUUAUGCUUAAUAUAUGUUGUAUAUAUACUAUGUAAAACUCAUUAGUACUAUAUAAAUAUGUUGAAAUACUAUUUAUAGUCUGAUGAAAAAUA